CGGUGGAGCCGAGCCCGUCCUAUUCGUUCCGGUUGUGUGGAGAAGUGUUGAAGAAAGAAAUAUGGAGUCCUCCGGGAGCGGCGCCAGAGAAGAUCUCCCGCACUGUUUUGUUUCUGUAACUACUGGCCAAAUUCCCAUGUCGACUGGGUUUAAAAGCUAAACUGGCCAGUCGCUCCUCUUUUUGUCUCCAUCAUAUCGAUUCCCCGUCUCGUUCUUUCCGCUCUCGCGCCCUAGCUCAGCCGGCCGAUUCCGUUUCCCGCCUUGUCGUCUUACCCCGGAAUAAAAAAAAAGCGAGAAGAAAAUGAGUCUCGGCAGCAUAUCGUCGAAGCCGUUGAGCUUCUGCCUCCACACCCGCUACGGUCUCGCGAAGAACCAGCCGCAGCAGCGAUUUCUGGCUCUCGAACAGCGGCGUUUGCGCUGCUCCAACCUCUCUUGUACUCCUCCCCGCAUUUCCAGCUCGCUCAGCUACAAUCCUCUCAGUUUCGGAAUCAAGAGAAAUGAUGAAGCGAUUUUGAGGCAGAAGACGGUGGAAGGAAGGAAGAAGAUGCGUACCGUUUGCUCCGCCGUGCCAGUCAGUACUGCUCGCAACCUCCAGUGGAUCUCCACUAUUGCUUCCAUAGUGCUGAUGCUUUCCAAAGGUACUGCUGUCAACAAAUGCCUUCUCGUUCCCCUCCUUGCGUUACAGGCGCCUACUGCUGUGGUCUCUUGGGUUAAGGGUGAAUAUGGUAUUUGGGCUGCAUUUAUGGGGCUUCUAGUACGCCUGUUCUUCUUUAUUCCCGGUGAACUAGAGUUGCCAUUUAUGGCGUUGCUCUUGGUCAUCUUAGCUCCUUACCAGGUUCUGAACCUAAGAGGAACACAAGAAGGUGCCAUUAUUGGUUUGGCCAUUGCAGCUUACCUGGCUUUCCAGCAUUUUUCACGAGGAGGCAACAUGCAGAAAUCUUUUGAGCAAGGUUCAAUCGUAGCCACUGUAGCUACCAUCUGUAUUGCAGUUGCCUCGUGCUUACUCAUGCUCUGAACUUCGUAUACACCGUAGUUCAUUCUGUUAUUGUUUGUCUCAGUUCUUAAAUAAGGUUUGAGGUCAAGGGAAGAGACCCUUGUGUAAUCUUGUUCAGCCUGUUACAGGGUGUGAUCUCUUCGACAUGCUUCUUGAAUGUGUAGGAUUUGGAUAAUUAAUGAAUGGGGAAGAAAAUAGUAAGCUUUCUACUUUCAAUCUGGUCGUGUGGAUGUUCGUUCUUUAAUACAAUAAACUCCUGCUUUCUUAAUAUGUUGUAUAAUCCCUCCAUCUCAGUUUGCUCU